CAAAGCUUGAUUGAGAGCUCAAAUCACCAGUCAAGGUUCAGGCAGCACGGUGCGUCUGAUUAAUACAUUUAUCAAAUUCGUGUUUGGAUCGCAGUUUUAAAACAAGCGUGAAAAGGUGCGGGAAACAAGCAAAGGCAGGCAUGAGCAUUGCGCGUUUUGCUCUUGAAAUGCAUCAGUUCCGCUGGGUUGCCUCGUGACUGAGAGGAGGACCGCGCGAAGGGAGACAGCGGAUGAUUCGGACCCCUGUCACCUCCCCUCCGCUCCUCUGAAGCGCCUAUGUACGGCUGGAUCAAGAGGACAGUUGCACGGGGAGGCGCUGAAAUGAGAUGAGGCUCAGACAUGGAACUGUUGCCACUGCGAUCGUUUUCUUCACCUCGUUUCUCAGUUUAUCUUGGUACACGGCUUGGCAAAAUGGAAAAGAAAAGUUGGUAGCUUACCAGAGGGAGUUUCAUGCCCUGAGGGAGCGACUCCGUGUGGCUGAACACCGAACCCUCCAGCGCUCAUCUGAGCUCAACAACAUCCUCGAACAGUUCAGACGUGCCAUCGCAGAGACCAACGGCAGCAAAGAUGCUCUCUCCAACUUCUCAGAUGAGACACAGAAGUUAUUGAAGGAGUUGGCUCAUAGGAAGCCCCUCCAGGUGCCAAAUAUUUUCCAUCAUCUGCCUCACCUGCUCAACAAUGAAGGAAGCCUGCAUCCCGCUGUACAGGCGGGCCAGGGGCGUACUGGAGUUUCCAUGGUGAUGGGCAUUCCAACAGUGAAGCGGAAAGUGAAGUCGUACCUGUCAGAAACUCUUCAUUCGCUCAUCGAUAAACUCUCAGCGGAAGAGAAACUUGAUUGCGUCAUCAUAGUGUUUGUUGGAGAGACAGAUAUUGAGUACGUAAACAGUGUGGUUGCAGCCCUUGAGAAAGAGUUUUACACGGAACUGAAUUCUGGGUUGUUGGAGGUUAUAUCUCCCCCUGUCAGCUACUAUCCAGACCUCAACAACUUGAAAGAGACUUUUGGUGACUCAAAGGAGAGGGUGAAAUGGCGUACCAAGCAGAACUUGGACUAUUCCUUUCUAAUGAUGUAUGCCGUCAACAAGGGGAUCUUUUAUGUCCAGUUGGAGGACGAUAUUGUUGCCAAGCCCAACUAUUUUGCCACAAUGAAAAACUUUGCCCUACAACUCGCCAGUGAGGACUGGAUGAUUCUUGAGUUCUCACAGCUGGGCUUCAUUGGAAAGAUGUUCCAAGCCCCAGAUCUAAAUCUCAUAGUGGAGUUUAUCUUCAUGUUUUACAAAGAGAAGCCCAUUGAUUGGCUGCUGGAUCACAUACUAUGGGUCAAAGUUUGCAACCCUGAGAAAGACGCUAAACACUGUGAGAGGCAGAAGUCUAGUCUGCGCAUUCGUUUCAGGCCCUCUUUAUUCCAGCACGUUGGUUUGCAUUCCUCCCUUGCUGGAAAAAUCCAGAAGCUCACGGAUAAAGACUUCCUGAAACCUCUACUGCAUAAGAUUCAUGUGAACCCGCCGGCUGAAGUGUCCACCUCUCUUAAAGUGUAUCAAGGCCACACGCUUGAGAGGACCUACAUGGGCGAGGAUUUCUUCUGGGCAAUCAAUCCAAUGGCCGGAGACUACGUUCUGUUUAAGUUUGAUCGACCGGUCAACAUAGAAAGGUUCCUUUUUCGCAGCGGAAACCAAGAGCACCCUGGAGAUAAAAUCGAGAACACUACAGUCGAGAUCCUGCCCGUCACGGACACUGAAUUGAAGACCAAAGAGAAAUACAAACGAACAGAGGACCGCUUCUAUAAAAUCGCUGAAUUUGAGAAGGGAGUGGCAGAGGGGACGGUUGACCCUGCUUUCAACCCUGUGGUGGCUGUACGUCUGUCUGUCCAGAAGGACUCUGCUGUGUGGGCUAUUGUUAGUGAGAUUCACAUCAAGAGGAUACCUGGGUAACUACAAGGAUUGGGCCCUGAAGCGUUAUAAAGUGAAGCGCGUCUUUUUACAAUGUUAGCUGCGCAGACACGCGCCGUCUUUAUACAGCGCGUGCGCAGCGUGGGCUGUGCAGACAUGCGUCUUCUUUAUACAUCGCAGGUUGCAAAGUAUGGAAAGGGUGGGUGUUUGGUUAAUGGCAAAAUAUGACCUGAACGGCUUUACAUAGCACAGACACACAUGUUUUCUUAACACAACGCGUGCUGCGCAAACUACGCGUCCUCUUUAUACAGCAAGAGCUAUACAGUUAUAAAGUCAGGCCAGUCUGUACAGAGCAAGCUUACAUGCCCCUUAGCCUUGUUCAUUAUUUGUUUACGAAGUGAUUUGCAGCACAGAGUAAACAGUCAAGAUACAAAAGUGAAACAUUAGUUGGAAUCACCAUGUUGGCUCACCAUUGUGAUGUCUAUCAGACAGCGGCGACGGACGAUGGCAUCGACUAUCGGCCCAACCCUAGUUACUACCGACAUGUCUCCCCGCUAGCUGAGGCCGUCAUUGGUCACCGGAGAUGGAAUAUGCUGCUUGACACACCCUUCUGCUGCAGUUUUUAAGAGAAAGUGACUUUAUGGGAUCUAUAUAUGGAUGAUUUAUCUUCACCCCUCCAACUUCACCUUUUCUUUGUUCUUCUCUGAAUUCUGUUGUGUAAAUGUGACUACUACUGUACAGAAAACGACACUUUUCGACGAACCUUUUCCAGACAUUGGGUUUGUGUCACAAGAAAUUGCAAUCAUUGCUGUUAUGAAGGAUUCUACGCUGCACUAAUGCUGUUGAAAAUAUGUGUCCUACUGGUGAAGAUGUUCUCAGUACACAUGGACCAUAACUGACCUCAAACCCAUGGUCAGAUAACCAUGGCUGAAUUUCAACAGAGAGGUGAAAAAGUGGGGCAGCAGAAAUUGCUUCUGAGAAGUUUUUUUUGUGUUUAGGUUUUAGAUUGUUGAUAUUUGGCAUUCUGUUGAAAUGUGUAGAAAACCAGUUUAUUUUAUCAACUAAUUUGCCAAAAUUUGAAAGCCAAUUUCUAAAAAAAAAACAGGCAGCAUAUCAUACGACCUCUAACUUGUCAACAAAAGUGUCUUUUCUUCCUUUGUGUCAGUUUAUCGUCAAGUAGUCAAUCAUGACUUUCAAUCUGAAGGUUUAUAUAUAGAUGUUUUUAUUGUUAUUAUUGUAAUGACGAUCUAUGAAGGUGAAUUAAUUUAUUUGAGAUAAAUCAUUGAUUUUUACAGGAAAAUCCUUUUUUUUAUAAUCAUUGGAAAUUUAUGACGUGACAGAGAAUUUAUUGCUUUUGAGUGAUUGUGGCUCAAAAUCGAGUGAAGAUUCAAGUCUGUUCUUAUCUUUGUAUAAUCCUAAAGGGUGUAGGCCCCCACCUCUGUGCCUUAACGUCCAGCGUUCCCAUGGGACCUGGAAAAGGACUGUCUUGCGCCCGUUGUCAAAUUGCUUUAAAAUGCAAUAGAACUUCUGUCAUGUGCUUGAUUUGACUGAAACAUUGACGUUGUAUUUUAGAGCAUGGCAUGUCCAAAUUCAUGUUACCGAAUACAUCAUGCUUCCUUUUGUCAAUUGGGCAAUGUUUUCUUUCAAAUAUCAUCUUGGCAUUCAGAAAUGCAUUCUUUUCUUUGGCCGUAUUUAAUGCUGUAUCACCUACCUGUAGAUGAGUGACUGUAGAACGUUUAGAGAUUAAUAUGACCAGGCCCAGACAAAAGCUGCACUUGAUUUGGGGGUAUCUAUGGGAUUCUUUGAAAUGUGUUUGGGAAAAUAAAUUGAGUUAUUUUUCUCCUAUUGGGGCGCUGAGCUGAAAGCACCAUUCAUUCGAGCUUGCCAAAAUAUUUUAUAAAUAAACAUGGGCGUGUGUAGAACGUCAAAACCAACUGUCAUUUCCAGGUCUGCAGAGGUGUGUUUAAGUUCUGUGCUCGCAACUGUUCCUGGUCAUGAGCAAAUUAAUACCAGAACCAUAGAUUUAUAAUGGUGAUGAAUGGAGAAACACUUCAGUGAAUUACUUCUUGCAAUAUUAUGUGUUCUGCUUUGUCACGGUGAUUGGAUGUGGAUGGUUUUUUAUUUGGUAAACCUAUGGUUCUAAUUUAUUUUGCUGUUAUGUGCUGGCUUUGAGAGUUGAUGGUGAGGAAACUACUGUACAAAUUUUCCAAAGUGCUCUCAUCUCAUGUGAUUGUAUGUAUCUUUAAAAUUAUAGAUUAUAAUGACGUUCAGCCUGUCAAAACGUCUCAUGUCAAACCCUUCAAGCUGAGCGUUUCGGAACAUAUUCUGUUAUUUACCCGCUACCACAUUAUGGUAACUACUUUAGGCUGGAUCUGAAUUGCAGAACUUGACCGGUUUAUGUUGUUGACCAGUUAACAAGCCAAUGUACGGUCAUACAUGUUUGUUUACAGUUUGUUUAUGAUCUCUCCUGAGAGGCGGGACUAAAUGUUUCCAUUUAAGUGUAGAGUGCACUGUAUCUUUCUUGUUCGCAUCUUGGGUGAAAUAGGCAAUUGAAAUCACAUUGGAGUGAAAGAAAGAAGAAAGUGUUCUGCCAUAUUGCUGCCUUUAAGUCAGAUUUGUGCUCAAUGAUUAAUGUUCAUGACUUGUUUCCACGCCUGUGGUGGAUUGUUGUCUACAAUGAUCUCUACUCGCUCAUGUGGCAGGUUUCCAGACUCAUGUGGUUUAAUCUGGGAUCCGCAUGUAUCCAUCUUUAAAUCCACCCUUCAAACUUGCUUUAAGAUGAAUCAGACAUGAAUCGUUUCCCUCCUUGUGAGGUGCAUUCUGGACUUUCAUGUGCCUUCAUCUGUCUUGCUCCUGCUCUGAAAUUGAUUUGAAUAAACUGUUCUGUAAUAA